CACCCCCUGCGGAAGGGCCGUAUUGAGAAGAGUCGAGUGCCGAUGGCGUGGAUGUCCGACCUCGGCUUUGAAAGAGGCACAACUCCUUUUUCUCCCUCCGAGUUUUCCUUCUCGAGGAGAGGCGGCGGCGGACUUUCCAAGGCGUUUUCACCUGUCUCCAGCUGAGGAGGCAAAAUCGGAGCUCGACUGAUCCGGCCUAGAGCUCGGGCGAUUUGAUGGGCUCUGGAAGCGGCUCAGGGAAGAAAAAGGCCCCUCCUUCUUCGUCUGGGGUCCCGAUGGCGUCCGCUCUGGACGAUCCUGUUUUGAUUCGUCAUUUUAAAGGCCACAAAGAUGCAGUCACUUGUGUUGCUUUCAGUCCAAAUACUAAAGUGCUUGCCACCUCUUCUCUGGACAGGUUUCUCAUGAUGUGGAAUUUGAGGCCAAAUACAAAAGCCUUCAGAUUUGUCGGUCAUUUAGAAGCCGUAACUAGUGUAGAGUUUUCACCAGAUGGAUACUUGUUGGCAUCUGCUUCUGAAGACCGAACCGCCAGACUAUGGAUUCCUUGCAUCCAUGGCGAAUCAACAUCAUUAAAGGGCCAUACUGCCCCAGUCCGCAGUGUGAAUUUCUCAAAUGACAGUCAAUUUCUAGUCACUGCAUCUAAUGAUAAGUCAGUGAAAGUGUGGACCAUUUACAGGCAACAUCUUUUGUAUUCUUUAUCCCAGCAUACACACUGGGUGCGUUGUGCAAAAUAUUCACCAGAUGGAAGAUUAAUAGUGUCUUGCAGUGAAGAUAAAACUGUUAAAAUCUGGGAUAUAAGAAACAAAAUCUGUAUUAAUAAUAUAAUAGAUUAUGAUGGGUUUGCAAACUAUGUAGAUUUUAAUCCUGAUGGUACAUGUAUAGUUUCUGCUGGUUCUGAUCACACAGUGAAGUUUUGGGACAUUCGAAUAAACAGAUUACUGCAGCGUUAUAAAGUUCACAGGGGAAGUGUUAAUUACACAUCUUUCCAUCCUUCUGGGAACUUUCUCAUAACAGCAUCUAAUGAUGGAACUCUUAAGAUUAUGGAUCUUAUAGAAGGAAGACUCUUAUACACACUUCAUGGGCAUGAGGGUCCUGUGCUUUCUGUAGCUUUUUCAAAAGAUGGAGAGACAUUCGCUUCCGGUGGCACAGAUACACAGGUGCUUCUCUGGAAGACAAAUUUUGAUUCAUGUGAAUAUAAGAAAGUUCUUGAAAAGCAUAUGCAAAGAUUACAUAGUGAUGAUCCACCUCACCUUCUGGAUAUAUACCCUCGGUCACCUCAUUGCCACGAUGCAAAAUCACAGUCAGUUGAGAUAAAUCCCAACUUUGAUGUAACAAAUAUGCAGAUAUUAGAUCCUCCUGUUGUAAAUAUUGUUUCAUCACCUACUUUUCCUCCAUCAUGGCAGUUAAGAACAAAUCCAUCUGUAGCCCAUUGGUCUAUGCACCAAAAUAGGGUGAACAAUGAAGACUUUCAGCAUCCUUCGAAGUUACCUUCUCCAGCAAUGCUAAAGAGAAAUUUGAAAGGGGAAAUAAUGCACCCUGUGGCUGAACCAGGAACCAUGGAUGAAUCUGCGGGCAUUUCACCAGUACUGAAUAAUGCCUUGGAACACAUUGUGGAGCAAUUAGAUGUUCUGACAAUUACAGUUUCAAUCUUGGAACAGCGCCUGACUUUAACUGAAGAUAAAUUAAAAGAGUGCUUACAGAACCAAGGGAAACUAUUACAUUCGGUCAGACUGGGAGAAGAAACAACAUAAAUGCUGGUGAAUACUUAUUAAUCUAUUCUCAGGAAAGUGAAGUAAAAAUCUUACAGGUAGUUCUUAAUGACAUGAAUCCCACAAAUAAAAAGUGCUUGUAAGAUUUUGCUUGUAAGAUUUUUUAACAGAUCAUUGCUAAAAUAUUGAAUAUAUUUUAUUAAAAUAUUUAUAUAUAUUGCUUU